AUGACCGCGGUUUACUGUAUCGCCUACCUGCUCGUCUUCGUCGUUGGCCUGGUGGGGAAUUGCUUCGUGAUCGCCGUGGUCUACCGCUCUCCUCGCAUGAGGACCGUCACCAACUUCUUCAUCGUCAACCUGGCUGUCGCAGAUAUUUUGGUCAUAGUCUUCUGUCUCCCCGCUACGCUGAUGUCCAACAUAUUUGUCCCUUGGGUGCUCGGCUGGCUCAUGUGUAAGACUGUCCCCUACGUCCAGGGACUCUCCGUCGCAGCCUCCGUGUACAGCCUGGUAGCCGUGUCACUAGAUCGGUGA